AUGUCUCAACAUUUAAUAAUUAAUUUAAGUAAAAGUGAUGAAGGUAGUUUUGGUUUUUCAUUAUUGGGCAAAUUUGCUGGUAUCCCUCAUGUGAUUUAUGAUGUUAUUGAGGACUCUCCGGCAGCUGAAAGUGAGAAAAAUGAUGAUAGAAAUAUAGAUAUUGGUUCUUUGAACCUUACUUGUUCUCCCUCGGAAAGAAAAAAAAAACAUAAAAAACAUUCAACACAAACAGCGACAAAAGAACCACGAAGAAGAGAAACACAUUGA